AUGGAGGAGAAGCGGACCGCAAUGUCCCUGAGCAUGAGGAAGCUGGCCCUGUGGCACUCGAGGAACUUCAGGCCCCUUUUCACCCACAAGCACCUCGAUCCCAUCAUGUCCACCCUCGGCUUCACCUUCCUCCCGCCCGCCCCGCCGAGCAUCAGCGGGGGCACCACUUGGAAGGAGUAUGUGUUCGCCGCAGGCGGGGCGCAGGGCCGCCCCCGGCCAAGGUUGCCCUACCCGAGGAUCGACGGCCUACACAACCACACCUACCAGGCUUUUCUAGAGGCCGUCAACUUCCACCUCCGGAUGCACGACAUCUCGACUAUCUUUCAUGUCAGGGGCAUGCCUAUGAACCGAGGUGACCUCCAUGGCAAGUGGCAUGCCCUGGAGGAGGACGAGCUCGUUUAUGUAUAUAGAGAAGGGACACUGGAUCAAGCAACGCACAAGCGCUACUCCGAUUCCGAGAGCAAAAGUAGCACAGGCGGUGUCUACGACUUCGACUCUCUCGCCAUUCGCGACAAGGGCGGCAAGUCUCAGGUUGGCCAGGUCGUGCCCUUGGCAGACAUCAUAGUUUCGCCUCGAGGAGACGAAGAGUUUAACCCCUUCUAAACCAUCUCAUCCGUGUUCUUGUACUUCGUUCAUGUACAAUAAAACCUUUGUUGUGUAAUAAAAUUAUUGAUAAGAACUUCCUUUUCGAAGCCCGGCAAUAAGUUGGCGCGAACUCGUGGU